AUGCCCGGCCGCCGCCAUGUUUUUGUAUGGUUCAAUCGAAGGAUAACGAGCCAUUACGGCAUAUACUCAGGGCCCUGGAGGACAGGGUCGCUGUGGAUCGAGGAACGCGAGGGCCGCAUCAAGGUGCUUGACAUCGAGGGUGUCUGCGACGACGGGAUCGACACGCUCGAGCCGCAGCUGCAGCCGAUCUGCGACUGGAUCGACAAGGCGCGCGAGGAGGGCGGGAAGGUGCUCGUGCACGUGUGGGCGUGUCGCGCAGCGCGACGGUGGUCAUCGCAUACGUGA